AGUUUACAAAACAAGAUGAGACGACAAAGGGCAAUGAUGGAAAACAGGGAGAGUUAAAAAAACAGAUGAUAAAGAGAAAAGACUUCGAAAAAGGUUCAGAAACUGAAAAUCUUAGUGAUGAAGACUCUGAACUUAACUUUGAUAUUGAUGAAGUUGAGAAAAAGACUAAAGUCCAGGGAAAGAGCUCGAGUUUUACUGGCAGCUCUGAAAUAGAUGAUAAAUUUUUUAGACUUGCAGAAAUGGAAAAUUUUUUAGAGAAAUUUGAGAAGGAAGAAGAGAUGCAGAAAGAUGAUGAUGAAAUUCAUUAUUUUGAAGAUAUUCCCUCUGAAGAUGAAGAACUUGUCCCCAAAAUAAAGACUAAAAGAAAGAGUUCCAGAAACCUACAGUACAAGGAUUUCUUUGACCCAGUUGAGGAUGAGAAACCCAUGGUGAAAGACAACGAUGAGGAGAAAGAAAGUGUUGAGGCAGAAGAUGAACCAGAUGCAGAAGAAUUUGAGCCGGAGGAAGAAACGGAUGAAAACCAGGAGGAGAUGGCUGAGUCGGAGUGUGCCCAAGAGGCCAAAGGGGCAAAUCAGAAAGUUCGCUUUAACCUGCCAGAUGACAGUGAUGGGAAAGAAUUAGCCAGUGUGACAGGAGGAAACAAACCAGAAGAGACAAAGUCAACCUUUGAGAAGCGGCAAGAAAAGCUGAAUGCUCAAAUCCAACAACUGGAAAUGUCUGCCUUGGAGCAGAAGCCUUGGCAGCUUCUGGGAGAGGUCAAUGCCCAGAUACGACCAGAGAACAGCCUGCUGGAGGAGGACCUCCAGUUUGACCAUGCAGUUAGAAAAGCUCCAGUUAUCACUGAGGAGACGACACUUAAACUAGAGGAUGUUAUUAUUCAGAGGAUUAAAGACCAGGCUUGGGAUGAUGUUGUACGUAAGGAAAAACCAAAAGAAGAGGCCUUUGAAUAUAAAAAGAGACUCACCUUGGACCAUGAGAAAAGCAAACUGAGCCUGGCUGAAGUUUAUGAGCAGGAAUAUUUAAAGCAAACUCAGCAAAUAUCUGAAGUGGAGGAAAAUGUGCAGCAUGCUGAGAUCCAGAGGUUGAUGGAUUCCCUUUUCCUUAAACUGGAUGCACUUUCAAACUUCCAUUUCACACCCAAACCGCCCAUGCCUGAAGUGAAGGUGGUCUCUAACCUGCCUUCUAUUUGUUUGGAGGAGGUGGCACCAGUGAAUGUUAGUGAUGCCACUCUGCUAGCACCAGAAGAAAUCAAGGAGAAGGGUCGAGCUGGGGAGAUCCAGGGAGCCACAGAAAAGACAGCAACGGACAAGAAACGAGAGAGAAGGAAGAAGAAGAAACUGAAGCGUCUCCGACUGAAGGAGAAGGAAGCACGUCAGAAAGUGGUGGAGAAGUUGAAUGUGAAGCUGAGUAAUAAACAAGUAAAGGAAAAGAAUGCUGAAAAAUUGAGAAAAUUGACCUGGGAAGGAAAGGCAACACUGCUGAAGGAUGAAGGGAAAGACAAAACUCUACGCUCGUCAAAGGCCUUUUUCUCCCAGUUACAAGAUCAAGUAAAAGCUGAUCUGAGAGGAGCCAAGAUGAAAGCCAACAAGCAAAACAAACAAAGAGCUCUAUCGACAAGCAAGCUGAAACUUUAACGCCAUGCCCUUCAACUCCUUUACACAGAUACUUAUCUGCAUUUUGUACCUACUUAUAACUGUACAUAAGAGCAUUCCAGAAUCAUCUUUAAUUUAAAACAUGACAGUUUCUAAAUAAAAGAGUUUUCUUUUAUGCUGUA